CUCCCAACUGAACUUUUUCGACUAGGGUUUAGUCGCAAUGUCUUUUUUCAAUUUUUUCUCUCAAGUUGUGCCUUCUGUCAAGGCCCAAGAUGACGAAGAAGAGCUGGUAGAUCCGCAAGUGGUCCUCAAGGAGCAAUGUGGUGAGAAAUGCUCGAAUUAUAAAGAUAAAUUAGACUCUUGUAAUGGAAGAGUUAGCUCAAGAUCACAGACCACCGAAACUUGCUUUGAAGAACUCAUUGACUUCGUUCAUUGUGUUGAUCACUGCGUAGCCAAAGACAUAUUUUCCAAGCUGAAGUGAAUGUUUCUAAAAAGGAUUGUUUUUAAAUUUGUAGCUUUAAUUGUUAGUCAUAUGUACAUAUAAUUCUGUGUUUUAAGUUAAACAAUUGUUGAAAUAAUAAAUUCAUUAGCUCAGCUG